CGGCCGGAUGUGAGGGGUCAGAGGUCAUCGGUCCCAACACCUGGUUUUUGCCGCUGGGAGCUUAGACUGAGGCGCCUGCGGACGGAGAUGCCUGGCAGCGAGGGCCCCGUGGUCCCGCAGUGCUGGGAGCGCUUCGGCUCCGGGAGCCCCCGCAGCUGCACCGUAGCCCCGGACGGGAGUCUGAGCUGGGGGGCUGGGGGCGAGCCCGGGCAAGGCCUGCGAGCCGCGCUCACGGCCGUGUUCCUGCCUCAUGGCUUCCCCGACAGCGUCAGCUCGGACUACCUGCCUUACCAGCUGUGGGACACCGUGCAGGCUUUCGCCUCCAGCCUCACGGGCUCCUUGGCGACCCAAGCUGUCCUUCAGGGGGUUGGGGUGGGGGAUGCGGCUGCUUCUGUCUCAGCUGCCACCAUCACUUGGCUCUUAAAAGAUGGAACUGGCAUGCUGGGGCGAAUUGGUUUUGCCUGGUUGAUGGGGAGCAGGCUGGAUUGUGAGGCCAAGAAAUGGAGGCUCUUCGCUGAUGUUCUCAAUGAUGCAGCCAUGCUCCUAGAGAUUGUGGCCCCAGCAUUCCCAUCCUGCUUUACUUUCAUUGUUUGUGUCAGCAGCUUGGCCAAGUGCAUUGUGGGAGUAGCGGGGGGAGCCACACGGGCAGCACUGACCAUGCACCAGGCCAGGAGAGACAACAUGGCUGAUGUUUCAGCCAAAGAUGGAAGCCAGGAGACUCUAGUAAACUUGGCAGGGCUGCUAGUCAGUCUUUUACUGCUUCCUCUACUAUCUGAACGGCCAAGUCUCAGUCUUGCUGCCUUCUUCCUUUUCACCGCCCUCCAUCUCUAUGCCAACUUCCGAGCAGUUCGGGCUGUCAUUAUGGAAACGUUCAAUGAAGCUCGACUUUACCUUGUCCUAAAGUACUUCAUUCAGUGGGGAAAGGUCUUAACACCCCCCUUAGCCAAUCACAUGGAACCACUGUGGACAGGUUGCCACCCUUCCAUGUCUCUGUCCCUUGGUGUACCUCUGCACAGCCUGGUCUCAAGUGCCUUUGAACUGCAGCAGGUGAGUGAGGGGCACCAACAGCCCUACCUCCUACGCUGGGACCGUUGCCGAGGCCAGAUACAGGUGACUUUGGGCCAGGACGUAAGUGCUGGGGUCAUUCUGAGGGCAGCAACACAUGGACUUUUGCUGGCAGCACUAUUGGAGGAUGUACCUCUUACAGAGGAGCUGGAGACCCUGAGGGCCCAGAUCAGGGCAGCCCCUGAAGGAGACAAUUGGACCAUUGUCAAGGAGACUUACCAGAUCCUUGAUAGGCUGUACCCCAAAUUCUUGAAAGAGCUGCAGGCUGUAGGCUGGGAGACAGAGCACCAUCUAUUGGAGGUGGACGAGUGGCGAGCUGCAUGGCCCCUGGGGGAGAAGAAGACUUUGUGAGUGCUGCUGUCAUCACCGAGACCUAGACAAGGCCAGAAGGAGACCAAGAAUGCUCUGGAAUUGGACCCAAGGAAUAAGGAUUCAGAGAAAAUGAGCUGCUCUCAGCGGGAGGAGCUUCUUCCUUGUCAGCACCUUCUCCAUUUUCUUUAUGUAGGAGAGCCUUCUCCGUGCUACCAUUUUAAAAAGGACAUUUUACUUUCCAGAUCUGUGAUAAGUUUUAUUUUUAAUCAAUCACCAAGCAGCCACAUUUUAAACAGACACAAUAAUAUAAAUGAUGUAUGUAUUCACUGAAUAUAGUGAUGGUAUGUAGUAGAUGAGUAAUGAAGCUGAUGCAGAUAAAAAUGAGCCAGAGUCUU